UGGUCACUAAUCGAUUCUUAGGGCUCAAAAAAGCGGGAAGAAAUGGUCAGUUGAAUUUCCUCUCUCGAAAUCCGAAGCAUCGACGUGGGUUUAGGGUUUUUGAAUUUAGGGUUUCUUCACAAUUGAUCAAAUGGAUUCUGAAAGCGAGAGGAAAAGGGAAGUAAUCGUGGAUUUUGAUUUUGGGAGCGAUUCUGGAGAUGUCGAUCUCAGCGGUAAAGUCCAUCAGCUUCCGUGUGCCGUUAAAUUCGAUGGUCCUUGCUCUGUUUCUCAGUAUUUUAAACCUAAAUCCACUGGAAUUGAGGUUGAUGGUUUGAGCGUUGAGAAUGCUUAUUUCAGAGGAAGAAAGUUGCAGGGAGCUACCAUUUCCCUUCCGGAAGGCUACUCUGGCUAUGUGAUAGGGAGGAAAAGUCAUGGAAAGAGAAAAGCUUCCGAAGAGUCUCAGGACUCAAGCUCUUGGCAAGUGAAGGCCAAAUUUGAGAACAUUACAUAUUGGAACCAUGACACCCUACCAACACAAGAUGAUACGUUCCCGCGUUCUUUUCACUGGCUGACCGUUGCACAAGCAUUGCACAAACCGGCAACAGCAGAAGACUUGGCAGCUGCAUCUACUGCUCUCAAGAACAUGAGUUGAUCAAGAAGAUCAUGUGCUCUAACACUAAGGUAGUAUGAAAUGAUUCCGCACCACUUCUAUUUGUAUUUGGUCACAUUAUUAUCUAUGUUACCAAUUUAUUUAAUGGGUUUGGCAUGA